UUGCCGCUUGCUGCUCUGUUCCAUGCUUUCUCUGUCCCAAUCCCAAUUCCUAAAAGUACGAAAAGAGCAUUCUAGAAAACCAUUUCACUUCACUGCCCAAAGGGAUCAAACUGCAUCAAAAUCCCAACAGUAGAGAAGUCUCGCUGAUUAAUUUUCCAGAUUUUUGCUGAUCAAAACCUCUGCAUAUCUUGAAAAUGAAUAUAGUUCUUCUUCCUCUGGCUCUGCCAAAAAAUGUGAAGAAGGACAAUUCAAUUUCAUUUUAGUGGAGUAGCUUGUAGCUAAGCUGUAAAGGACAAUUAUGCCUGCAGGGUUUAUAGUGGUACAGAUUUUAGAAGGUCUCCUAAGACUGUUCAACUCUUUGUUGUACUAUCUGAAUGGCCUCCAAUGGUGCAAAACUGCCAUUGCUGUCAGGAUUAGUGGAUUCCACGCUUCAAACAAAUAAUGCAUAUGCUCCCAACAGAAGAAGAUUUCGCCGUGUUAAAAGUGCUCCUCUAACAGAGUUUGUUCCCUCAGGUGCUGGUGGUGAUGGCUUGCUUUCACGUCCUGAAUCCAUUGGUGGGAAGCUCCACCCAAGUCUUAUUCUAGUAGCUGCUAGCAUGGCUAUCUACCUUGGUGCUGGCACCUUGUGCUUUUACUUAGUCAGAGAUGAUAUUGAAGGGACGAAAACAAAUCCAAUUAUCGAUUCCAUUUAUUUUUGUGUUGUGACUAUGACUACUGUAGGAUAUGGAGACCUAGUGCCCAAUACUUCCUUUGUGAAGUUACUGGCCUCUGCUUAUGUCUUUGCAGGCAUGGCAAUUGUUGGAUUUAUAUUAAGCAAAGCCGCAGACUACCUGGUAGAGAAGCAAGAAAUGUUACUAAUUAAAGCCCUGAACAAGCACAGAAAAAUGACCCCAAGCAAAACUAUAAAGGAGAUUGAAUCAUACCGAGUGAGAUAUAAGUGCCUUAUUGCUUCAGCCAUUCUUUCAGUUCUUAUGUUCAUAGGAACUAUCGUCCUACGCAAGAAAGAAGGUCUGGACCUCACUGAUGCACUAUAUUGUGUCUUUUCAACUGUCACAACCCUCGGUUACGGAGAUGAGAGCUUCUCAACUAGAGGUGGGCGUGCCUUUGGCAUAUUUUGGAUACUAAUAAGUACUCUUGGUUUAGCUCAGCUUUUUCUCUAUGUUGCUGAGCUAUUUACUGAAAGCAGACAAAGGGCACUGGUCAACUGGGUUCUUACUAGAAAAAUGACCAGCCUAGAUCUGGAGGCAGCUGAUAUUGAUAAUGAUGGGGUUGUUGGGGCUGCUGAGUUUGUCAUUUAUAAGCUUAAAGAGAUGGGUAAGAUUACCCAAGAAGAUAUCUCACUUAUAAUGGAAGAGUUUGAGGAUCUUGACAUUGAUCAAUCUGGAACCUUGUCAGUAUCUGACUUGGUGCUUGCUCAAACACCUCCAACAAAGAGGUGAUCUGAAAUCUGAAUCAUCAACAAGUGGUUGAUAUCAUGAUAUAUAAAAUUAGUACAAUAUAUUCUCAUUUUAAAAGAGGUGAUCUGAACCUUUUCGCUUUCUACAAUUAUAUAAAAAUAGUAUCAUGUAAGGGCUACUUCUAAGGUUUUCAAUGUCUAUUGUAGGGUUGGUUUGUAUAUCAUGUUUUCAAUUUGUACCUUUAGGGUUUUGGAGUUGAAUUCCUCUCAUUUCCUGUCAUCUGGAAUAAAUUUUGCUGUUUUAACUUGUUGCCAAAGAACUACUCAUGUUUGUUUGAAGGUG